AACCACUUCCUCCGAGCAUCCACGGCCAUCUUUAAUUUUAAAUCAUUCAUGAAAAGUUGCUCGGCUCAUGAAAACACACCGAGCGACGCAAUUUGCAUUGAAAAGCAGCAUCGCCAGCGCUGUGUGCAUGCUGUUAUUCCUGUGACGAGCUACACACACAGCUUGAGCCGAGCCGAGCCGAGUCGAGCCGAGCAGCUGUCCGCCGAGAUUAAACACCGAAAGCGAUGAGAAAGAAGCAGACUGCCAAACAGAGGAAGACAGAGGUGACUACAGUUGUCCAGGAGUUUGUGGUUGAAAAGAUAAUACGCCGCAGAAUAUUUAAUGGAAGAGUGGAGUACUUUCUGAAGUGGAAAGGCUUUACAGAUGCUGAAAACACAUGGGAACCUGAGGACAAUCUGGACUGCCCUGAACUGAUAGAACAUUUCCUAAACACCCAUUUCUCUGAGGAGAAUGAGGAAGAGCAAACUGAAGUAGGGUUCAUUUUCAAAGAAGAAAUGACAGAGCAAGAGACGGAAAUUUCCUGUCUGCAGUCUCAGCAGCGGACUCCCAUCAUGCAGACCAACAGCGAUGUCCUCGAGCAAAAUGACGAGCAGUCAGACACCCCCACUAACCUCAGCACUUACCUCGAGCCUGAAUGCAUCAUUGGCUCCACAGACAGACAGGGAGAGCUCAUGUUCCUUGUCAAAUGGAAGAACUGUGAUGAAGUAGCCUUGCUACCUGCCCGCGAAGCCAGCGCCAGGUGUCCCCAGGUUGUCAUCGACUUCUACGAGCGGAAGUUGACGUGGCACUGUGGCGAAGAGGAGCUGUGAAGUACAUGGAUAAACAGAUCUGCUCUCACCUGAAGCUUAGUUUAACCUCCAUCGAGUGUCCUCCCCCAGCUGGCAUCAGAGGCAAACUGUGUGCAGAGUUUCAGAUCCUGGCAGGUUCGAGAUCCUCAGCGGGGAUGGAUUUUAAGUGCUCUGGCUCCUGCGGUGCUCAAAGAGUUCUCUGUGCCUUUGUGCAGGCUGUGAUGGAGACUAAAUCUAACCUUGUGUGUAGAGUGGCUGAUUUUCUGGGUCAGACUAACCUGUAGCAGCUUUUGGUUCUGUGUAAGCAGACAAAAUCACUGUGGACGUGUUUUUAUUUGUACUGUUACUGUUGUUUAGCUACAAAGUUGUUGAGUGUGUGCUUUAUAUUUUGGAUAGCAGCACUAUGUAGAGAAAGUGAACCAACUACUGUCCAAUCUGUUCCUCCAGUUGAUGUAGCGCUGACGAUUGUAGACACGUUGUUUCAACGUGUGUUAUCACAGCUUUUUCUGGGCGUUACUAGUUCUGAACCCUUGUGAUUGAUGUGAAGUAUUUCAAAUGUUGCCCACUUGAAAUGUCCUUAUAUUCCAAUCAGCUGCUAAAGACCAAAUGUUCCCUUCUCUCUGUUUUGAAUGAAGGUAGUCAAAACUAUACUUGUCAAUACCACAUGUUGUAAAACAACACAAUCUCUGUUACUUUAAAGCUCCUGUGAGGAGUUUUAAGUUGUUUAGGAAACAGACUACAUUUAAUUAUUUGACCUACAAAAGCUAAUGCAACCAUCAGAUUAAAAAAAUAAUUCUGUAUUAUUUUUGAUAAUGACAGAUGAGAUGAUUAACAGCAUUCUGAAAAGUAGCCUCUUCUUAAUUUUUAUUUUACAUUUUCCAGAGCAACGUGAGGUCACAGUGUGUGCUAUGUUUCACUGUUAAAAGAAAGCAGGACACGAUUCAUCAGAUUUCAUCAAAAAAACCCUGCUUAUACAUAUACAGAAAAAGAUCAGCAAAGAGAUAAGACAAGUCCACGGGAGGCGCCAAAAUUGAUUAAAUUAAAAUUCCUCACAGAAGCUUUCAUGCCAGAUAGUAUUGAAAAGUACCAAGUUAAAAAAAAAAAUCAGAUCUUUAUUAAUAUCUUAAACCAAAAGCUGCCAUGAGAGAGAGAGAGCACUGUCUAAAUUGCACAAAUACUGUGGCAAGUGGCAAAUCAUUUUUGCAAUUUAGACAGUGUGCAGGAGUUUUCUUGCAAUAAUUGGUAAUUAAAAAAAAACAAUUUAGGGUACCCUGGACUUGUAUUUUGGUUGCCUUGCAUCAAACAGAUGUUAAUAUUGUUUAAACAUCUGGUAUUGUGACAACUCAAUAUUGAAUUCUUAGAAGUAAAUUGUAGAGAUUUCCAGAUCUUAUUUGGAUCUUACACAAAGUAAAGUCCUGUCAGAAUUAAGUGAAAAAGCAAUACAUUUUCUAAAUCAAUUUAAUUUGAAGAUAACAUGAUUUGAUCUGUGCACAUUUGAUGGCUGAUCAGAUUGUUAAAUGUAGCACCUUAGAUAUGAGACUGUCCUAUUAUGCGGGGCCUUUUUCCUCCAGUAAUUCUAUAGGUCCAUGUAAAUGAUACAUGUAUUCUCAUGACACUGUCUUGACUCGACAUAUCUCCCAUGACUGUUAUGGGACUCAACUGAACCUUAAACCCUACUGAAACACACCUGCUACUGACUUACUGUAACUGUUGACCAUGGAUCUGUGAAGUCUGUGAAUAAAAGAACAAAACCUUUUGUGAA